AUGAAGAUCGGAUUCAUAGAAACAAUUAAAAGAGUUGGCAAAAAUUUGGGAGCCACAAAGGAGGAAAAAUUCAGAGUUUUGGCAAAGAAAACCACUAUUCCCAACAGAAGAUUAAAAGAUGAUUCUUCAACUCAUAAAAGAAUGCCUCCUAUUGAAUAAUUCAGAACUUACACUAAGCAAAUUCUCCCUCAAAUGGAGCAAUCUAUUGAAAUCAGCAUGUUAUAGAAGUAAUUCCAAGAAAUUAAGAGCGAAGAACUUAAAUAAGAUUUAAUCCGCGCUUAUACUCGUCGUCGCAUAAAAGAUUUAGCCAAUUAAUUCUCCAAACUUGAUGACUACAAGAAAUAGGAAGAUUCCAUGAGACAUCAUGAUUUGCCUGAAUUGAAUGUCUACUCAUUCGUUCCCAUCGGCGAUCAUGAUUUCGAAGAUGUUGGCAAAUACACAAUGUUCCCUGCAACUGACAUUCAAAAAUAUUUCCUCAACAACCAAAUGUUCGGUGAAUACUUCGAAGUUGAGUUCUAUCGUACUAGAAAGUUCGGUGUUAUGAUUUCAGAAGAAGGAGCUAAGAUUGUUAAUCACUUGCAACAUAUUUAAGAUAAUAAGGAAACUCCUUUAAAUUAUAUUAACUUAUUCAAGAGAUAUCCCACUGAAAAAAUUAAAGAAAAGAUUAUUGAAGAUGAAGACGUUUAUCCCUGUCUUUUCCACGAUUUAGCCAAAGCUGCUAUUGAAGAAUUGGAAGCUUAUAGAAAUAACACUCUUUUCGAAAGACUUUUCUGCUUACCUAGUUUAUUUGAUUUAACUAUUAAUGUUGUUUUGAGAGAAUUGGGCGAAAAUCCUAAUGCCCUUCUUCCUCUCUUUUUAAAGUAAUAAGAAUAGAUCGAUAAUCCCUAAUUCACUGGCAAGAAGGUCUUCAAUCAACUCUUCGAAUAGAUCUUCAAAUAAAUUAAUGAAAGAGCUCAUCCUGAAUUCUCCAACCCUUAACAAUAUAAAUAAUUCCUUGAAGAUAUUUAGAAAUUCUAAAUUAGCAUCAAGGAUUGCACUGAACAUGAAAUUGAUUUAAUUAAAUACUGUAAGGAACCUAGAUGGAUUCCCAGAAACAUUAAAAAGUACUCUUUGAGAAAGUUUAUUGGAUUCAACUCUGGCGCUCUCUUAUACGGUGAUAGUGGUUCUGGCAAGAGUGGUACUUUACUCUAUGUCACAAUGUGGGCUCAUUACAAGAAAUGGAUUGUACUUAAUGUUCCAAGUGCUUUUAACUGGACUUAAAAGGAAUGGAAGUUCGUCAGACAUCCUAAGACAGGUCUUUAUAUUUAAAACGAAUUAGCUUAAGAUUGGAUGAAAUCUUUCAAGCACGCCAACAGCGAUUUAUUAAAGUAGAUCCCAGUUAAUAUGGAUAUUUAUGGUUUCUACAAUUUGUCUGGCUAACACGAUAAGGAAUGUGAUGCUGUCCCUGAUCUCUAUUACAAAGACAGAAAGGUUAACUUCGAAGAACACAAAAAGUUCUUGACAGAAGAAGAAAAUAUUAUUGAUGGUGAAACAAACAAAGACUUCAGAGUCAGACUAAAAGAAAAGUUAACUAAUCCCCUUACAGUCCUUGAUAUAAUCGAUUACGGUCUCGAAAACGAAUUCUUUGCUACUAAUGCUUUGUACGAAGUCCUCGAACAAAUCCGUAACUAGGAUAAAUUCUGUGUUUUAAAAGUAAUUGAUGGCUAUAAUUUCAUGUAUAAGCGUUCUAUCUAUCCCUCUUUCAGAUAUGCUACUGAUACAUAGUUAAGAUCCACUGUUCCUCCUUAUCACUUGACAGUCCCCAGAGCUUUCUUGAACUUUGAUGGUCACAAAUUUAAAAACGGUUUUGUCCUUUGUGCUUCCAGCGUUAAAAAUUUCCAUAAGCACAUUUUCGGCCCUGAUUCUAUUGACUUCCCUCUUGGAUAUUCCCACGAAAUGAGAGGCUUACCUCUCGAUGACUUCAGAGUUAUGUGUCACUAUUACCUUCAAAACGAUUUCUGGCUUGCCGAUAAUGUUGCAAAGAACUCUUCCGAUUUCCUUUGGAUGCACUCUCAAGGUAAUUGGGCUCAAGCACAUAAGGUUAUGCUUGGUCACUAGCUUGAUUCUAUGUGA